CCCGUGCCCCGGGCGGGAGCCGGGCUAUGAGCCUCGGGGUCGGGGGCCCGGAGGUGCUGGGCGAUGCUGGCCUGAGCGUGUCGGUGCGACGGCCUGGGCUGAGCCGGGUUUGAUCUGGAUGAAAUCGGGGAGCUGGGUUUGCAUCUGAGUCGUGGAUUUAUUCUUUACCUUUGCAGCUUCUCCUUCCGAACCGCAUGACAGCAGUCGUCAGCCUUCAGAGAAGAACUCUGUGCUAGGCUGCAUGCUGUAGAUAAGAGUAGGCUGCCAGUAAUCUUCUGGUGGUAAUAUUAAUACUUGAAGCAGGCGAUAGUGGAUAAAAUAAAUCUAACAGGUCUGCUGAGACGGCAGACUGGCUCCUCUAGAUUUAGCACUUCUAAAAUCUGAUGUGGCAUGUAAAGCUCCGGGCAUUUUUGUAUGUGAAACUUUCAUGUGAAACUAAUCCAGCUGCACAGCUGUGAUAGAGCUGAGUUUUAUCUUCUGGGUGAGAGGAAAACUUAAGUGAAAUAGGGCUGCAGUUUUCCCUUCAGCAUAUGGCAGGUGUUGUAAAGUCAGUAACUGUAGAGUAAGAUGGAGACAUAGUGAUUGCCCUGGUAACAUUAGGAAUAGUUAAGUGAGUUAAAAAAAUAAAUAAAAUAGGGCAUAUGAAUUAAGUGAAUAACUGUACUAAAUGCUAAAAGACUGAAAGGUCUGAAAAAAAAAUCUUAGGUAGGCAGUGAGGAUGAGGAGGGCUAUGUUGAGGCAUUGCAGUUUGACUUGUUUGUUCCACAAAUGCAGACUAAUUCAGUGUAAUAACUAUCGAUGCAGGUUUUUAAUGCUUAAAACUAAAGAGACUUUCUUUUAAGUGUAAUUCCAAGAAGACACUUGGAGGUCUGCCAUUUCAAACUGGAAAAGUCUGAUGGUUUCUUUCACUAUAGUAGUAGUAUUUCUUUUGAUGUCAUCAUUGUAUAGUCUGGUUUUGUGGUUUGUUUUUUUUUUUAAGGCUUCUUGGUAAAGCUUAAAAGGGAAAUUUUGCGAUAUAAAUACAUACGGCACAGAUGUCUUGUUUAUUACAGAGAUUUUCUUUCACAAAAACUGCCUUGUAAACUGAAUUUCAUCAGUGAAUUUGCUAGAAUACAGUGUGAUUUUGUUUGGUAGCACAACUAAGCAAAUAAAGGAAAUACAGGAGGCACAGAAAUCAGCAAACAUGCUGCAGAAUGCGUAGACUGGAUGGAAAUCGUGGAGUGUUGCUAUUGCAAUCAUAGGCCAAUGCCUUCUGUCACGGAGCACUUGUUACAGUAAUAUGCAGCAAAACUAGAAACAUGUUGAAAAAUUGAGUAGAAAAUAAGCCCCUUGAAUACUUCCUGGAAGCUCUUUUUGUGAGGUUCUCAGUAUUCAGAAAGCAGUUUGCUUGUGGAAGCUGUGUCAGAAAGGCAGCAGUAGUUCUGCUCAGUGUACUCUCUCCUUUUCCCGAGAGAUGGGAUGUUUAAGGGCAGGAAAGAUUCUUUCCAUUUCAGUUUUGCUAAGAAAACUGUGUCACAGUGUGACUGGGGGGCAUGGUGUAGCGUAGCUAGGGCAGUCAGUUAUAUUAGCCUAGGUGCGUCUGUUGGCAUAGCUUAUUAUCUUGAAAUGAGCUCUAGUAACAGCAAGACUCUUGUGGUUGUCUGUAAGAGGAGGUGCUUGUGGUAUGUCUUAGUCCUGGCCUGACAGUCAUAAAGCUCUGAAGUUGGUAGUGGAGGCAUGAGGUCUUCUAGGACCAUCAGUUCUCUGAGCUGUGUGUUUUUAGGAGGUUUUUGGGUGUCCCUCUCUAUAGAGUUCCCUUCUGUUAUUUUGGAGUAGAAUAAAGACCUGUUAACAGACUGUACUGCCAAUCUGCCUUAACGCAAAUCGCAGUCCUUCAGAUUGUGAAGGAGUCUCAGCAGCAGCAUGGUUUACGACAUGGAGACUUCCAGAGGUACAGGGGUUAUUGCUCCCGUAGACUAAGGCGGCUCCGAAAAACUCUCAACUUCAAGAUGGGGAACAGGCACAAGUUCACUGGGAAGAAAGUAACUGAAGAGAUACUCUCAGACAACAGGUAUUUGCUGUUGAUUCUGAUGGAUGCAGAGAGAGCCUGGAGUUACGCCAUGCAGCUGAAACAGGAGGCAAACACAGAGCCUCGCAAACGAUUUCACUUGCUGUCUCGCCUGCGCAAAGCUGUGAAACAUGCUGAGGAGCUGGAGCGGCUGUGUGAAAGUAACAGAGUGGAUGCCAAAACAAAGCUGGAAGCUCAGGCAUACAUGGCUUACCUCACAGGAAUGCUUUGUUUUGAACACCAGGAGUGGAAGGCAGCAAUGGAGGCUUUCAACAAAUGCAAGACCAUAUAUGAAAAACUGGCCAAUGCUUUCACAGAAGAACAAGCUGUACUAUAUAACCAGCGUGUGGAAGAGAUCUCACCCAACAUUCGCUACUGUGCCUAUAAUAUUGGUGACCAGUCUGCUAUGAAUGAGUUGAUGCAGAUGAGACUGAGGUCUGGUGGCACUGAAGGUCUUCUUGCAGAAAAACUGGAGGCACUGAUUACCCAAACACGAGCAAAGCAGGCAGCCACAAUGAGCGAAGUGGAGUGGAGGGGAAGAACUGUUCCCGUGAAGAUAGACAAAGUGAGGAUCUUCUUGCUGGGGCUGGCCGACAAUGAAGCAGCGAUUGUUCAGGCAGAAAAUGAGGAGACAAAGGAACGCUUGUUUGAAUCUUUACUCAGUGAGUGUAGAGAUGCCAUUCAGGCCGUUCGGGAAGAUUUGAAACCGGACCAGAAGCAGCGAGAACACUCUCUAGAAAACGAUUCUGGGAAGGUGUCCAACAUCCAGUACUUACACAGUUAUUUGACUUACAUCAAGCUGUCAACAGCCAUCAAGCGCAACGAAAGCAUGGCAAAGUCUCUGCAGAAGGCACUGCUGCAGCAGCAGCGAUCAGAAGAGGAUGGCAAGCGCACACCCCGGCCUCAGGACCUAAUCCGUCUUUACGAUAUUAUUUUGCAGAACCUUGUGGAACUGACACAGCUUCCUGGCCUAGAAGAAGACAAGAACUUCCAAAAAGAGAUUGGAUUGAAGACGCUUGUGUACAAAGCUUACAGGUGUUUCUUCAUUGCACAGUCCUAUGUCCUGGUAAAGAAAUGGAGUGAAGCUCUUGUUUUAUAUGAAAGGGUGCUGAAAUAUGCUCGUGAAGUUCAGUCAGGAGCUGGAGCUUACACAAACAGCUUGAAGGAGCUGCCUGACGUUCAGGAUCUGAUCACUCAAGUCAAUGCAGAGAAAUACUCCUUGCAAGCAGCAGCCAUAUUAGAUGCAAAUGACACUCAUGAGGCUGAGUCUCCAUCUCAGGUCAAGGAUGGCAAGCCCCUCUCGGAACGGUUUGAGACUUUCUGUCUGGAUCCUUCUCUUGUCAGCAAGCAAGUCAGCCUCGUGCACUUCCCUCCGGGCUUCCAGCCCAUUCCGUGCAAACCCUUGUUCUUUGACCUGGCCCUUAAUCAUGUUGCUUUCCCACCUCUGGAGGACAAGGUGGAGCAGAAGGCCAAGAGUGGCCUCACAGGAUAUAUAAAGGGCAUAUUUGGAUUCAAAAGUUAACCAGGACCCCCUGGGGAACAGAGGUUUUAUUCUGUAUUGAAGGAAAAGCUCCAAGAGGUUCUAGGACACAAAUAUCUGCACCUGAAACCAACAGAGGGAGAUUUUACCAUCUUCCCUGUGUUCUGUGUAUAUGUCUGUGCACUUACAUUCUCUCCCAGUCUGUUAAAGGCAAACAAUCUAUUCGGAAACAUACAUAUACUAUAAAUAGCUGAAAAUAAUCUGGAGCAGAGAGAAAUUCCAUUCUGCUCAGAGAAGUUGGAGCUUGUUUUGUGACCAGGGGCCUGUUCGGGGCU